CGGGGGACUAAACUGCAAACUGAACGAAGAACUCUUCCCUUCCAUUGCCGUCUCGACUCGCGACGAGCUUGGCCUCCAAACCCCGUCCUGCCUGAGCCUCCCCUCCGCUAGGGUUUUCCCCGCCAUCUCGUGUGGACCAAGUAGCGCGCGGCGCAAGGAGGAGGAGCGCGCCCGCCAUGGCGUCGACCAAGGUGCAGCGGAUUAUGACCCAGCCCAUCAACCUCAUCUUCCGCUUCCUCCAGAGCAAGGCGCGCAUCCAGAUCUGGCUCUUCGAGCAGAAGGACCUGCGGAUUGAAGGCAGGAUCAUCGGAUUUGAUGAAUACAUGAAUUUGGUAUUGGAUGAUGCUGAGGAGAUCAACGUCAAGAAAAGCACCAGGAAAUCUCUGGGCCGCAUUCUCUUAAAAGGAGACAAUAUCACGCUAAUGAUGAACACGGGGAAGUAGCGUCAGUUCACAGCGCAUCUGAUUGCAAGGACCAGUAGUUAUCUUGGAAUGUGAAAUUUGAGGCUGUAGUGGAUUUACCAUCCCCCUUUGUGCUCAUCUAAACCUGAUUGCAAUAUGUCUUCACAGCCAGGAAUGAUGGAUUUUGAGAAGUGUAGUGUUGUCCAAGACAUUGAUUGAUCUCUGCACCGGGUUUUGGGUGGCGUUGCUAGUCU